GGGUGCGGGGCUGUGGGCAGGCGGCGAGCCUGCCGGCCGGGGCGGGCCCAGCUAGGCCGAGCUAAGCAGCGCUCCGCAGAGCCAGCGGUCUGCAUCAUGGAAAAGCAAGUGCUUGAAUCCUCUGAGGAGCGAACGUUUCAGUACCAGGAUUCUCUGCCUUCCCUGCCAGUACCUCCUCUUGAUGAAUCUUUAAGUAAAUACCUUGACUCAGUGAAGCCAUUUCUAAAUCAAGAGGAAUAUCAAAGGACUGAGGAUAUAGUUAAAAAAUUUGAAAAUGGGAUUGGAAAGGAGUUGCAUCAGAAACUACUGGAAAGAGCUAAAGCAAGAAGGAAUUGGCUGGAGGACUGGUGGCUGAAGGUGGCUUAUCUUGACCUUCGCAUAUCGACGCAAAUACACUGUAACAUGGCAGGUGCAGGUCCCUUUAUUGAGCACUGCUGGCCACCAAAAGAAGGCACACAGAUAGAAAGAGCAAGUGUGCAUCUGUGGCACACCCUGAAAUACUGGGACCUCUUAAGAGCAGAGAAGGUGGCUACAGAGAGAGCCGGGAGUAGCGUUCUGGACAUGAACCAGUUUCGAAUGCUCUUCUGCACUUGCAGAAUUCCUGGACUUACCACGGACUCCAUUGGCAGUUAUUUUAAAACUGAGUCUGAAGGUGAAUGCCCAUCUCACUUAAUAGUCCUGUGUCGAGGUCGAGUGUUUGCAUUUGAUGCUAUACAUGAGGGCAAUAUGGUGACUCCUCCAGAGAUUUUCAGGCAACUUACAUAUAUACAGAAAAGAUGCCACAGUGAACCAGAUGGACCAGGACUGGCAGCCCUAACAAGUAAUGAAAGGACAAAAUGGGCAGAGUUGCGUGAAUAUUUGAUUGAUCUGGAUCCAAAGAACUUAACCCUCCUGGAAAAAAUUCAGAGCAGUUUGUUUGUGCUCUCCCUUGAUGAUUCCAGUCCCCAUGGAACUCCUGAGGACUACAGUGAGGUGACAAGGCUGGGGAUAACAGGUGAUCCAACUGUACGCUGGGGAGAUAAAUCCUACAAUGUCAUAUUUUUUUCCAAUGGAAUCUGUAGUGCAUUCUGUGAGCAUUCUGCUCUUGACGCCAUGGCUUUAGUUACCAUGUUUUCUUACACCGAAACGAAGAUUCUUGAAAAUGAAGGGAAAUGGAAGGGAUCAGAUAAAGUGAGGAAUAUUCCAUGGCCAGAGGAACUCGUAUUCACCGUGGAUCAAAAAAUUGUGAAUGAAAUUGGACUUACUAAAGAAUUUUAUUACAAAAAGGUGUCUGAUGUGCAGUUGGUGAAUUAUGCCUUCACAUCCUUUGGCAAAGCAUUGAUUAGAAAGAGGAAGCUUCAUCCCGAUACAUUUGUGCAACUUGCCCUUCAGCUUGCUUAUUACAAGUGCCAUGGACGCCCGGGCUGCUGUUAUGAAACUGCCAUGACCAGACGUUUCUAUCAUGGCCGCACAGAGACCAUGCGACCGUGUACUGUGGAAGCAGUGGAAUGGUGCAAGUCCAUGCUGGAUCCUUCUGCCAGUAUUUACCAACGAGUCCAGCUGCUGCAAAAGGCCUUUGCAAAGCACAAUAAAAUGAGGAAAGACUCUGAGAAUGGAAAAGGCUUUGAUCGUCAUCUCCUGGGUCUCCUGCUCAUAGCACAGGAGCAAGGACUGCCAGUGCCAGAACUUUAUGUGGAUAAUGCCUUCACAGCCAGUGGAGGAGGUGGGAAUUUCGUUCUUUCCACAAGUCUGACUGGCUACACCAGGUUUGGUGGGUGUGCACUCCCUAUGGUACAUCAUGGCUAUGGCUUUUUUUAUUCAAUCAGAGAUGACAGGAUCGUUGUUACCUGUUCUUCAUGGAAAUCAUGUCCAGAGACCGAUGCAGAAGUGCUGUGUAGAACUGUGUUCCAAUGUUUUCAGGACGUGCUACAACUAACGGUCGCAGCUCAGCUGUAGGGUUGAGGAUGAUGUUAAAAGCCUUUGCAAGCUCACAACUUCACAUGUAGUGCUUGUAAAUGAAAGGCUGGGCAAGAGUACUGUUAUAUUCAAGACAUUUAAUGAUCUCUGUGAAGUCUACCUGGUUUGUGGGGUUUACUGUGAUAGCAGUCCCCAUGGAAGAGUAGUGUAGCCAUUUGCAACAGCAAUGCAAGCAGUAGUACCUUAUCUCUGUAGGAACUAUGCAAUAUUAAAACAUGCCUCAACAAUGCAAACACACUUGAGAGACAGGGUGUUGGAAGAGGGGAAUUUAUGGGAGAUUUGUAUUUAUGACCUUAGUAGUGACACUUAGAAUCCUUUGUAGCUUACUGACAUUGUGGUGGUAAAGCACUUAACUGCAUACUGAAGAGUAACCACACUUAUCCUCUUAGGUGAUUAUUCAGAGUGGUUUACAAGGUAGAAGGGCUGCCUCUGUCAGGCUCUAUGUUCUUUUCUAAGUUAUCUUUCAUUCUUGCUGUUGGGAUUAUACCAAAUAAAUGUUCUAUGUGAGAAUGGGGAUGUUCCCACUGCAGUUGUGGUAUGAGAGCACUACACCCUCUCAAUAAUAGAGAUAGAAAACAGCAUACGAGUUCUAGAUCCCUUAACAGUCUUCGUGUUCUAGUGCACUGUGACUGUCUGCUGCUUUACACUAAUACCAGACACUAAGAGCAAGCACUGACUGCAGCUAGAGAACGAUUCUCAAGAUUUUUAAGGCUUGGUUCCUCUGUCUGAGCAAUGUUGUAUUCUCCUGUCAUAGAAAUAAAAACUCUUCUAAAAA